AUGGGACGCAGCGCAAAACUCCACAAGCGAGCAGUGAGUCUCAUCGACUUCCUGAUUCCAGAUGCAUUCUUAACCGUACGCGGCACCCAACAGAAGAAAACGGCCUCUUCGACCUCUGCAGCUGCUUCUGCUCCUCGUCCUGCAACUAAACCUUCCGAUGUAUCCACCUCCGCCGCUCAAGAACAAAAGAAAAGGGCAGGAUUAAAGGCGAAGGUAGGCAAGCGCAGGAAAGAUGAUGCGGAAGGACCCGUCUUAGGCGGUGCUGACUACGUGGAUCUAAUGUUGGGUGGGAGGCGAAAGGCUAUGGAGGAGGCUACCAAAUUGCCCAGAGAUGACUAG